GCGCUAGGGUCUGGGGGCACUGCUCAGCGGUGCUGGGGCUGGCGCGGCUUGAGCCGCCGCCGCACUGACAGCUCGGUCUGCGGACCAUGGAGACUGGCGCCGGCCCACAUCCGCUGCGCCUGUUCAUCUGCCUGAUGCCGCUGUGUCUCGCCUUGCUUUUGGGGCCGGGGAGGCCAGGGACCGCCGAGGAAGUCAUCCUUUUGGAUUCCAAAGCUUCCCAAGCUGAGCUGGGCUGGACUGCACUGCCAAGUAAUGGGUGGGAGGAGAUCAGCGGCGUGGAUGAGCACGACCGUCCCAUCCGCACAUACCAGGUGUGCAACGUGCUAGAGCCCAACCAGGACAACUGGCUGCAGACUGGCUGGAUUAGCCGCGGCCGCGGGCAGCGCAUCUUCGUGGAGCUGCAGUUCACACUGCGUGACUGCAGCAGCAUCCCUGGAGCCGCGGGCACCUGCAAGGAGACUUUCAAUGUCUACUACCUGGAAACCGAGGCCGAUUUGGGCCGCGGGCGUACCCGCCCAGGUGGCAGCCGGCCCCGCAAGAUCGACACAAUCGCGGCAGACGAGAGCUUCACUCAGGGCGACCUGGGUGAGCGCAAGAUGAAGCUGAACACAGAGGUGCGCGAGAUCGGCCCGCUCAGCCGGCGGGGUUUCCACCUGGCCUUCCAGGACGUGGGCGCAUGCGUGGCUCUAGUCUCUGUGCGAGUCUACUACAAGCAGUGUCGCGCCACGGUGCGGGGCCUGGCGGCGUUCCCAGCCACCGCAGCCGAGAGCGCCUUCUCCACGCUGGUGGAGGUGACCGGAACGUGCGUGGCACACUCAGAAGGGGAGCCCGGCAGCCCCCCGCGCAUGCACUGCGGCGCCGAUGGCGAGUGGCUGGUGCCCGUGGGCCGGUGCAGCUGCAGUGCGGGAUUCCAAGAACGCGGUGACGUCUGCGAAGCCUGUCCUCCAGGGUUUUACAAGGUGUCCCCGAGGCGGCCCCUCUGCUCACCGUGCCCAGAGCACAGCCGGGCCCUGGAAAACGCGUCCACGUUCUGCGUAUGCCAGGACAGCUAUGCACGCUCGCCCACCGACCCGCCUUCGGCGUCCUGCACCCGGCCGCCGUCAGCGCCGCGGGACCUUCAGUACAGCCUGAGCCGCUCGCCGCUGGCGCUGCGGCUGCGCUGGCUGCCGCCAGCCGACUCGGGCGGCCGCUCGGACGUCACUUACUCGCUGCUGUGCCUGCGCUGCGGCCGCGAGGGCCCGGCGGGCGCGUGCGAGCCAUGCGGGCCGCGCGUGGCCUUCGUGCCCCGCCAGGUGGGGCUGCGGGAGCGCGCCGCUACGUUGAUGCACCUGCGGCCCGGCGCGCGCUACACCGUGCGCGUGGCCGCGCUCAACGGAGUGUCUGGCCCGGCGGCCGCCGCGGGAGCCACCUACGCACAGGUCACGGUCUCCACCGGACCGGGGGCGCCCUGGGAGGAGGAUGAGAUCCGCAGGGACCGAGUGGAGCCCCAGAGCGUGUCUCUGUCGUGGCGGGAGCCCAUCCCCGCGGGAGCCCCAGGGGCCAACGGCACAGAGUAUGAGAUCCGAUACUUCGAGAAGGGUCAGAGUGAGCAGACUUACUCGACGGUGAAGACAGGGGCGCCUGCGGUCACUGUCACUAACCUGAAGCCGGCUACCCGCUACGUCUUUCAGAUCCGGGCAGCUUCCCCAGGGCCCUCCUGGGAGAUCCAGAGCUUCAACCCCAGCAUUGAAGUGCUGACCCCAGGAGAGGCCACCUCCGGGUCCAAGGACCAGAGCCCCGCAGUUGUCGUCACCGUGGUAACCAUCUCAGCCCUCCUCGUCCUGGGCUCUGUGAUGAGCGUGCUGGCCAUUUGGAGGAGGCCCUGCAGCUAUGGCAAAGGAGGUCGGGACGCCCAUGAUGAGGAGGAGCUGUAUUUCCACUUCAAAGUCCCAACUCGCCGCACGUUCGUAGAUCCCCAGAGCUGUGGGGACCCGCUGCAGGCUGUGCAUCUGUUUGCCAAGGAGCUGGAUGCGAAAAGCGUCACGCUGGAGAAGAGCCUUGGAACAGGGCGGUUUGGGGAGCUGUGCUGCGGCUGCCUGCAGCUCCCGGGCCGCCAGGAGCUCCCUGUGGCCGUGCACACGCUGAGGGAGGGCUGCUCCGACUCGCAGAGGCUCAGCUUCCUGGCUGAGGCCCUCACCCUGGGCCAGUUCGACCACAGCCACGUGGUGCGACUGGAGGGCGUGGUCACCCGAGGAAGCACCUUGAUGAUUGUCACCGAGUACAUGGGCCAUGGGGCCCUGGAUGGCUUCCUCAGGCGGCAUGAGGGCCAGCUGGUGGCCACGCAGCUGAUGGGGCUGCUGCCCGGCCUGGCGUCGGCCAUGAAGUACCUGUCGGAAAUGGGCUACGUCCACCGGGGCCUGGCCGCACGCCGGGUGCUGGUCAGCAGCGAGCUCGUCUGCAAGAUCUCUGGCUUCGGCCGGGGCCCCCGGGACCGAGCAGAGGCGGUCUACACCACCAUGAGUGGCCGGAGCCCGGCGCUGUGGGCCGCCCCCGAGACGCUCCAGUUUGGCCACUUCAGCUCCGCCAGCGACGUGUGGAGCUUCGGUGUCGUCAUGUGGGAGGUGAUGGCCUUCGGAGAGCGGCCCUACUGGGACAUGUCUGGCCAAGAUGUGAUCAAGGCCGUGGAGGAUGGCUUCCGGCUGCCGCCGCCCAGGAACUGCCCCUCCCCACUGCACCGACUGAUGCUUGCCUGCUGGCAGAAGGACCCGGGUGAGCGGCCCAGGUUCUCCCAGAUCCAUGGCCUCCUGAGCAAGAUGAUGCAGGACCCAGAGCCCCCGAAGUGUGCUGACGCCACCUGUGCCAGGCCUCCCACGCCCCUGGCGGACCGUGCCUUCUCCACCUUCCCCUCCUUUGGCUCCGUGGGCGCGUGGCUGGAGGCCCUGGACCUGGGCCGCUACAAAGACAGCUUCGCUGCUGCGGGCUAUGGGAGCCUGGAGGCUGUGGCCGCCAUGACUGCCCAGGACCUGGUGAGCCUGGGCAUCUCAUCGGUGGAACACCGGGAGGACCUCCUCAGCGGGAUCAGUGCCCUGCGGGCCCGAGUACUCCAGCUGCAGGGCCGGGGGGUACAGGUGUGAGCAGCCCCACUCUUCUGGCCUGGACCCCAGGGGGGCCGCCAGCCCCCAGCCCCACCAGGACCCCUGCUGGCUGUGUUCCACCUGUGCAGAGGGGAGAGCCCAGAGCUUGCGUGGAGCCGCAGUCUUUCCCACUUCCCUGCCUGUUCCCCUCACUGCCCCCUGUCUGAGCACCUUGGCUGACUCAGUUCCCCCCUAGAAAAAAGGUUCAAAUCCUGGGGAGGAGCCCUGAGAUAACAGUGGGAGGAAAUACAGGGUCACAGAGACCAAGGUGGGCAGGGGCAGGGAGGAAGACAUAGCUUUAAAUGGCCUGGUUCAUGCCCUUCUGUCUUCCGCACCCACUGCAGUCUGGGGCCCACCCCAAAGGGUGCUGCACUUUCCCUCAGACCAGCGGGCAGCAUGGGUCCCCGAGGGAUGGGCUGCUCUGGGACCUAGCAAGGACCACCCAUCCUGUGGGCCGUGGCUCUUCAGCUCCCUGUGGUCCAGCUGGGCCAUGUCUGGACCCUGGUCCUGAGACCCAGGCGGGCAGAGGUGGUGCUGAGCUCAGGGGCUGAACCCUGAGGAUCCCAGACUCAGGAGCUGAUUUCUGCUUCCCCCACCGUUGGGCAGACCAUUCUGGGUGAGGGUCCCGGUGCUCUCCUGAGGUCCCACUAGGCGUCCCCUACUACUUUGCAUUCCUUUUAUAAACUCACUGGCCAGGACAUCUGGGAGGAACAUGAGGAUAGAGGUUUUCUGCCCGGGAUUCCAAGAGCUUUGCUCCCAGCCCUGUGGAUAGUGACUCUCAGAGAAGGAGCUUCUCUAAUAGGCCAGUUCAGUCCUUACCAUACAGGUGGGAAAACCAAGGCUCAAUGAGGAGUCUGGGCCAGAGCUGGGCUUGAGCCCAUGGGCCCAAUUCCUGAUCCAGAGUGUGGCUCUGGAGAGUCCUUGGUCCUCUGUGUGUUACCAACACUCUUCCCUGAGGCAGCCCAGGGGUACUCUGAGGUGACCCCUCUUUUGGAAACUUCAUCCCCUGUACCACCCAGCCCACAUGAAAUGCCUCUUCCCUCUGGGUCCUCUUCUGCAGGGCUUUGGCAGGAGUGGUUGCGCUGAGCUGACUCCAGAGCUCCUCAUCCAGGAGGGCUUCCUGGAGGUGGGGGUGAUCAUGAGGCCAGGGCUUUCACAGGACAGCAGGAAGGCAACUGGCCCUGGAUAGGGUCACCCCUGACAUACACCUGCUCUGGGGUGUGGCUGUGUGUGGGUGGGAUGGGAUGGGGUGGGAAGGGUUCAAGGGCUACAGGAAGGGGUGAAGGAGACACAGCCAGCCCUUGGAGGGGCCAGACAAGGCAGGGAGAUGAGCUCAGGCUCCAGGAAGUGGUGCACGCCCACUGCUGGCAGACCUUGGGGCCUGAGGGCUCGUGGGCUGGAGGGGCAGAUGGGCACUCUUGAUGUGUGUAUAUGGAGGGGUGUCUGGGAAAGUUCCCUGGCUGAGUCUGAUGCAUCCAUUGAAUGAGACCUUGGAGGAGCCGGGGGAGGGCUCUUAAGGUUGAUGGAGGGCCUAGGACAAAAGGAGUCCAAGCAGAGGGGCCUGCAGAGCAUCCUGGAGGGAGGAGGAGGCAGUGCAUCCCUGGGAGUGCUCCGUGGUGGGGGUGGGGCCUCCCAACAGUGCCUUUAGCCUCAUCCUGCCAGCAGGGCAGGAGUCCCCCAGCCCCGCUCUCCAUCUCCUGAGCACCUGUCUUGACUCAGUGUCCUGGGGGUGCCAGGAGAGGCUGAGACACUGCUUCUACCUUGGACAAAGCUGGAGGGUCCCUUGCCAGUGCCCUCCAGACUCUGCCCCCACUGCCCCCAGGAGAGCCUGGAAAGGACACACCAGCACCCCGUCUUGGUGGAGGGAGCCUCCCCCCAUCUGCAGCUGCAUCAGUCAUGCUCUGGGGGCCAGGGUGUUCCCCCCGCCACCAGCUGUUCUGCAGAGUCCUCUGGCUGUUUUGGCAGGACUUCGGUGUCCAGGGUAGACCUCCCUUCCCGUGAGGAGUGAGGUCCCAGCAUCCUGACAGGUCUCAGGCCUCAGCCCCACACAGGUUGCCGGUGUGAUGUGGGCUGAUGGCUCCCUGGGAGCCCUCUACAGAUCUAUUUUUAUAUGGAACAUAAUUAUUCAAUGGAUAGAGAGAGGUGGCCUGCAACCUGCUCCCAGCACCCAUAUCUGAGCCCAUCCAGGGAGGGAAGGGGCUGGUUGGGGGUGGGGAGAGUGGUUCCUUUGACUAAUUCUGGAGAUGUUUUUAUAUUUCUUGGGAUCUAUAUGCAGGACAAAGUAAUAAAAACUUGUCUGUGCCU